AUGGCUACUGCCUUUGUCUCCUGGCCAUCAGCGCCGUUGACCGAGUCGCUCGUCAAGAGAGCUUUGUCAAAUCUGCCUGUCUCAAUCAUCACAUCACUUCCUAGCAUCCAUGAAUGCUCAAGGCUGCUUCAGUGGUCCACUUACGAUGCUAUCGACCAUGACCUGACACACCGUAAUCCCGACAAUGUCUUGUCGUCUUCUUAUACCAUCAGAAAGGCUCUCAUUCGUAAACACUACUUAGCACGAUGCAUUCAGUCGUACUUGACAAAACAUCUCGACUCCAUCCUCAAGGAUACGGUGCCCAGGACAUGGGAUCUCGAGAUCUCUUACGCGGAUGAGCUGGAUGAAAUGUGGAGUGACCAGCUUUGGGAUCUUGGCAAUGAAAUCGAUGACUCCUCUCAAUGGUGGAUUUUGAAGCCUGGCAUGGCAGAUCGAGGAAUGGGUAUCAGGUUGUUCAACAGCAAGGACUCGCUAUAUCGGAUCUUCGAAGAGUUUGAAGAGUAUUCCGAGGACGAAGAUCAGACCAAUGAUACCUCUGUAAUAAUAUCACAACUUCGCCAUUUUGUCAUUCAGGAAUACAUACCUAGUCCAAUACUCUUGGACCCCAACGAGAGGCCUCAUUCUGUCUCUGCGUUAAGCCCACCUGAAAAUUUGCAAGGACACAAAUUCCAUCUACGGGCGUACUUCGUUGCAUCAGGAGCAUUGCAACUCUUCAUGUAUGACCAUGUUCUUGCUCUGUUUGCUGCCGUUCCGUAUAUCAGUCCGACGAAAAGGAGAGAUGUCGACGAUGCCGCUUUCGGAGACAUCGACUUGACACCCCAUCUUACGAACACAUCGCUGCAGAUUGAUCGAGGUGAGGAAGGCGUCCGUUUACUUGAUGAACUUUCAGGAUGUCAUAUCCUAUCUGGAGAUGAUACGAAUCGUGGAGCGUUAUUUACAUCUGAAGAUAUUGAGAACAUAAAGGUUCAGAUGUGCUCCGUUCUCGCGGAAACGUUCAAGGCCGCUUUGGAAAUGCCUGUACACUUCCAGCCGCUUCCAAAUGCAUUCGAAUUGUAUGGAGUCGACUUUCUGGUGUCUCAUGACCCAACUGGACUUGGUUCAUCAGGCAACUCACGAGUCUUUCAAGUUAAACUUCUAGAGAUCAAUUCAGAACCCGCUAUCGAAUUAACGGGUCGAAGGUUACAUAGAGUUCUCGAAGACUUGUUUGUUGCGAUCGAGCAGGUUGCAGUACUACCUUUCUUCGGACAGGAAGUCGGAUGCGUAUCAAGCAUGAAAGUGCCUCGGCACUUGCGAAUGUGUCUUGAUACAAAGGUACGAGGAUCUGGAGGUUGGUGA